CAGGCAUCAGUUAUUACUUUUACUUAGUUGUUUUAGUUGUGCUUACUGUUUAAACUGCCAUGCCUCCAAAAUUAAAUAAAUCGACAAGUUUUACGCAGUCGCUCAUACGGCCUGUUAUACACGCUGCAUCCUCGCCGUCAGGUGCUUCGGCUCCCUCGGCAGAGACACGCGCGUCACCAGCUUCCACAUUAGAUAUUGAUGCGUUAAAAUCUGAGCUGGUUCGCGCUGUCGUGGCUGAACUACAGGCCGUUUUGAAUGACCAUCAUUCUAAGAUAAAAGCAGAACUGCAGGACAUGAAAGCCGAGCUAACACGAGACUUUGCUUCGCUGAGGUCCGAGUUGGCCGGCGUGAAAAGCACGGUUUCGGACAUCGAACAUUCUCUGUCUGCAUGUACCGAUGAUACGGCAGCGCUACAGAACAAAGUUGAAUUUCUGUCUAAAGAACUCGUUAAACUGGAUGCUAAAUGUGAGGAUUUGGAGGCUAGAUCGCGCCGCCAAAAUGUCCGAAUUGUGGGGAUUCCGGAGGGCGAUUCGUUUUCCCUGACUACCCUCAAUAUAUCAAACCUCCUUAAAGAAGCAUUUUCCAUGGAUAAAUGCCCACUGGUGGAUAGGGUGCACCGAUCGCUCGCGCCCAUGCCGAGGCCCGGUGAGUUUCCACGCUCCAUAAUAGCGAGAUUACAUUAUUAUGAGGACUGUGUAGACAUUCUCAGUAAAGCUAGACGACAACAGCGGAUUACGGUUUCGGGCAUGACGCUUUCUGUUUUCCCUGACUUCACCGCUAAAACGGCGAAAGCACGAGCAGCUUUUAACAAUGUCCGUAAACUGCUCCGCAACAUUGAAGGAGUUAAAUACGGUUUGUUUUACCCGGCUCGGCUUCGGAUAACUCAGGAUGGCAAGCAUCGCGAUUUUACUUCUCCCGAGGAGGCCACACAGUUUGUCACUUCAAUUGCUAAGUAAUCGCAUUAUUUGGAUUCAUAAACUGAUUAUUGCACCUUGCUCUUUGUGGAUUUCUUUCUUUCUUUUUAUUAUUGAGGAAUUGUAUUCGAUCUAGUACUUUUAAUGAUCCUGUGCCUGACUGUUCAUGAGCAAGCUGUGUACGGGAUGAUUUUUUGAUUACACUAUAUUCUUUGGACUGGAUUACUGUAAUUUUUUUUUUAUUAUUAUUAUUAUUUUAUUUUACGCCAAAUUUGCACCUUUUCUAAACGGCUUUGAACCGAGGGAUCGCGGCUGUCAAAGAGGAUGCAGUGGAGAUGCUGGCCAGUUACGGUCUGGCCUAUUCGCUCAUGAAGUUCUUCACCGGGCCUUUGAGUGACUUCAAGAAUGUGGGCCUGGUGUUUGUCAACAGCAGGCGUGACCGGAACAAGGCAGUCCUGUGUAUGGUUGCUGCAGGAACUAUUGCUCUCAUCUUCCACACGUUGAUCGCCUAUACAGACCUGGGGUACUACAUCAUAAACAAACUGCAUCAUGUAGACGACUCGGUGGGCAAUAAGACCAGGAAGGCUUUUUUCUACUUGGCUGCGUUUCCUUUGCUGGAUGCCCUGGCCUGGACCCAUGCUGGAAUCCUCCUAAAGCACAAGUACAGUCUCCUGGUUGGCUGUGCCUCUUUCUCGGAUGUUGUAGCUCAGAUCCUUUUUGUUUCUAUUCUGCUGAACAGUCAUUUGGAGUGUGUGGAGCCCUUGUUGAUUCCCAUUCUGUCUCUGUAUAUGGGAGCUCUGGUGCGCUUUACCAUUGUUGGUCUGGCCUACUACAGAAACAUUCAUGACAACAUCCCAGUCUCCAGUGGCCCUGAAGUGGGGGGUGACGCCACUAUUAAAAAGAUGCUGACUUUUUGGUGGCCCUUGGCGCUUAUCCUGGCCACGCAGCGCAUCAGCAGACCCAUCGUAAACCUGUUUGUGUCCCGCGAUCUGAAAGGGACUUCCGCAUCCAUCGAGGCAGUUGCAGUUCUGACAGCCACAUAUCCUGUAGGUCACAUGCCGUACGGUUGGCUUACCGAGCUCCGUGCCAUUUAUCCUGCAUUCGACAAGAACAACCCAAGCAAUAAGAUUGCAAAUAGCGGAACGACGGUCACCAAGUCGCACAUCAAGCGCUUCACGUUUGUCUGUCUAGCACUGUCGUUCACGCUCUGUUUCGGAGUCUUCUGGACGCCGCACAUCUCGGAGAGAAUCCUGGUGGACAUCAUAGGCGUAGAUCAAGCCUUCGCAGAGCUCUGCGUUGCCCCGUUACGAAUCUUCUCUUUCUUCCCUAUGCCAGUGACUGUACGUGCUCACCUAACCGGCUGGCUUAUGACCCUAAAGAAGACCUCUGUCCUGGCACCCAGCUCUGCACUGAGGAUCAUCGUACUUAUUACCAGCCUUAUUGUGCUGCCCUACAUGGGGGUUCACGGCGCUACUCUGGGGGUCGGAUCGCUCCUGGCUGGCUUCAUCGGAGAGUCUACGAUGGUGGCAAUUGCGGCCCUGUAUGUCUACCGAAGACAGAAGAAAAAAGACUGCAACGGAGAAGCAGCCGUGGAGGACGAUGACUCUGCCCCCAUGAACGAGGUGCGAUCCAGGAGCCGGAUGGACGACAUUGUUGAACUGAGAGAGGAGGACGAGGAGGAGGAGGAAUGAACGCGGGAAUGAACGCGUUCGAUCCGCACGGGAUUUCCUAAGGCGUGUGCAACCAGAUCAUAAAAAUGACUGAAUACUGACUCCUAUCUGUUCCUCCUGAUUUGUUUGCACAUGCUUUUGUGUUCUGCGCUCAUCUGUAGAACCAGGGAUCUCUUGCUGUUCAGGGCAGUGUUUUUAGAUGCCUGCUGCCCCCUGCUGCCCCAUACUGCCUCUUACUGCCCCCUGCUGUUCUUGCUUAUUUGCAGUGUGCACUGGAUGGAUGGAUGAUCAGAAUCCAGUGUCUAUGUGUCAUAUAACCUUACUCUAGGGUGACCAUACGUCCUCUUUUUUUGAACCCCGUCCGGCCAGGAUUUCUAAAUCACCAAAAAUGUCCGGGAGCUUUUGUAGUGCACACGCAAUUCUUUGUGUGUUUUUGCACUGAUUUCACAUUUCUGUUUAGGUCCUGCCUUUUCGCACUUCUCUUAAACAUGCCCAAGCGGGCGCUCAGAUGCCACAGCUGUAAAACACGCUAGCACACCAGAGCUGACAUUUCAAACUUGUCGGUUUGAAUCUCAGCUCUGCCAUCCGGCUGGGCUGGGCACCUACAUGAACAACAAUUGGCUGUUUUUCAUACAGGGUGGGAGCUGAUAGGGAAGUCCUCAAACCUAAUGCAAUUACGACCUCUGCUGGCUGAUUGAUGCCGCCUGCAGAGAGUCGAGGAAUAAUGCAUUGAUCAGGGUGUGGCUCUCCGUACACAAAGCUGAUGCGAAUAUGAACUCGCCUCGUGCAGGUGAAAAGAUGCAGUCGGUACUGCACACUUGUCGGAGGGGGCGUGUAUCAGUUCGCUCUCCUCAAUCAGGGCGGGGAUCAGCAUCUGUAGUCAGGUAUUUGGAUAUGACUCGAUUGGGAGGAAAAUUGGGAAAAAAUGCAAAAACCAAACCGAACCAAACUUUCAACCCAGUGCAGCUGUCCGUUUGGCUCAUGCUGCCAUCCUGCCGAGUGUCGUCUUUUUAAAAAAAAACAAAAUAUGGUCACCCUACCGUCUUCCAGCUGCCAUCGGAAGUCUGGGUGCAGGACGGUGAAGAUGUUCAUUUCUACCAAAGCAACAUGGCGUGCUGAUUGCUUUUCUUUAUUCUCUGAGCUCUGCUGUGCUGCUGUCCUGCAUCUUUCAAUGAACCUUUAAAAGAAAAGCAAGUACAAGUACUAACAGUGACUUUGCUUGGAAUGUAAAUAUCCGUCAUUGUCAUCGUCGGUGUUUAUUUUAUUUUGGGAAAGGGAAAAUGAUUUGACUUUUCAGAAGCGUCGACCUCUUGAACUUGAAUGAACUUGAAUGUUGCUGCACAGCUGGACGAACCAGUGAAGUGUUUUAUCUUAAUAAUCUUAAAAUGUUCGAACACUUAAUAUAAACAUACAUAUAACUAGAAAUAUAUAUAUAUAUAUAUAUAUAUAUGUAGAGACAGAGAGAGAAUUUUAUCAGAUUUUACUGUAUAUAGGAUGGACAACAGAUUGUUUUCAGAGUGGCAAACGUUUGGACGUUGUGGACCAUAUCAGAGGCACUAUUUUUGUAAGGUGUAAAACUCUGGUAGCUUUUCAUAUGUGAGAUAUGAAGUCUGUAUGUCCUGGGGAUGAUAAGGGAGGGAACAUAUCAACAGGCAUUUUCACCAUGAUGUCUGUUGCUGUAUUUUAAAAACCAGAACACGUUUCAUUUUUUUCUAUCUCAGGAUGUACAGUACAUGCUAACAUUAAGCACCGUGGAGUCCAGUUGCCUGUCCUUCUUCUAUCCUGUACUAUUGAACUUCUGCAGAAAUGGUGUUUGUUUGAAUCAGGCCGUGGUGACGAGCGAGAGUCUGGCUGAGCUUCUUUUUUUCAGUCUUUUCAAUGUUUCCUGCUGAUACUGAAGCAGAGGAAAUGCACAGAAAUUCAGACCUUUACUUUAAAACAAGAACAGUUUGUUGCGUAAUGAUUAAAAGUGACAAUGUGAUCUAA